UUUGACCCUUAACUACAUGCUGCUGAAAACAACGUGGAUAGAGCAUCUUUAAUCUGUGUUUUAUUAAAGUGACUGUUAUCACAACAUUGAUGCCACAUGUUUUCAUCUGCUAGGAUUUAAUAACGAAAAGAUGGGGAAGGCAAGUAAAAACCGGAACCUUGCCGACAAGGUUCGCAAAACCAAGACUUCUACAGUGAUCAAGAAUAAUCCUUUUGAAGUGAAAAUUAACAGGAAGAAAUUUGAUGUUCUGGGGCGAAAAACCAAACAUGAUGUGGGUCUGCCAGGAGUGUCCCGAUCCAAAGCCAUCACCAAGAGAAAAGAAACCCUCUUAAAGGAAUACAAACAGAAGAACAAAUCCAACAAAUUAAUCGACAGACGUUUAGGAGAAUACGACUCUAAGAUGGCACCUGAAGACAAAAUCCUGCAGAGGUUUGCAAUGGAGCGACAGCGCCUCCAUGGAAAGAAAGAUAUGUACAACCUGAAUGAGGAGGAGGAGCUGACUCAUUAUGGCCAGUCAUUGGCUGAAAUGGAGAAAUUCAACGAUAUGGUUGAAAGUGAUGAUGAGUCAGAAGAGAAAGGUCUUCUGUCAGCUGAACUGACUGCCUCCCACUUCGGAGGAGGAGGGGGCCUCCUCAGAAAGAAAACAACAGGGGAGCAGCAGGAUGAAGGAGGUCAGAGGACCAAGUCCAGGCAGGAGCUGAUUGAGGAGCUCAUUCAGAAGUCCAAGCAGGAGAAGCGUGAACGUCAGGUGCAGAAAGAGGAGGCACAGGAGCUGACCGAGAAACUGGAUCAAGAGUGGAAGAGUAUACAGGCCCUGAUGGUGAAGAAAACACCCAAAGACCAAGAAACCGACAAACCAGAGGAGAAACCCAAGCUUGACCAGUAUGACAUGAUGGUCAGAGAGCUUGGCUUUGAGAUGAAAGCUCAACCCUCAGAGAAGAUGAAAACUCCAGAGGAGUUCGCCAGAGAGGAGCGGGAGAAGCUGCAGAAAUUAGAGGCUGACCGCUUGAGGAGGAUGCUGGGAGAGGAGGUUGAGGUCAGUGGGCCGAGCCAGACCCAUAUGUCUGCUGAUGACCUCAACGACGGCUUCAUCCUGGAUAAGAACGACAAGAAGACCCUGUCUUAUCAGGAUGGAAAAUGGAACGUUGAAGAUGAGACACAGGAUGAGAAUGAUGAAGAGGAGGAGAACAGUGAAGAGUCAGAGGGAGAGGGAGAGGAUGACGACGAUGGAAAUGAAGAUGUAGAGGAGGAGGAGGAGGAUGGAGAGGGUGGCGACAGUGAAGAAGAUGAAGGAGAAGAGGAUGGCCAUUCAGACCUGGAUUCUGACCGAGAAAGCAAAGAAGAUGAGGAACAAGAGGAGUAUGAAGAGACAGAUGCCAAAGCAGAGACAAGUCUGAGCAAAGAGGAGCUGAAGGCCCAGCAGGACGCCGCUAAAGCCGAGCUCCCAUACACAUUUACUGCUCCAGAGAGCUACAGUGACCUGAAAGACAUGCUCCACGGUCAUACCCCUGACAACAAGCGCCUCAUAGUGGCCAGGACUCAAAAAUGCAACCAUCCAAGUCUAGCUGUAGGAAAUAAACUCAAACUGCAGAAACUCCUCGGCUUUUUGUUAGAAUAUAUUGGAGAACUGGCUACAAACAGUCCGCCUGAACUGACCACCAUAGAUAAACUCAUACCUGAGCUGUACACUCUGUGUCAGAUGUUUCCUGAAGCCGCCUGUAAAGCCAUGCAGGGCAUCCUGCGAGAUGCAGCCCACGGCAUGGAGGAGAUGCUGGAGGUCAAAGGGCACGUUCCCUCUCCAACACUGGACAUGAUCAUCUACCUGAAGGUGACGGCCCUGUUGUUUCCCACCUCAGACUUCAGACAUCCAGUCACGACUCCAGCGCUGCUUUACAUCAGUCAGGCUCUCACAAAGUGUCCAGUCAGAUCUUUACAGGAUGUGACCUCAGGUUUACUGCUGUGCUGUCUGGCCCUGGAGUACAUCUCUUUCUCAAAGCGUUUCGUGCCUGAACUCAUCAACUUCCUGCUUGGAACUCUAAACCUGGCUGUACAGGACAAAGCCUCUCUGGGUUACACUGUGGUGCUGCCUUUUAAACCAUCAGGAAAGUACAGCGAUCUUCUGGUGUUAUCAGACUCAGAAUCCUGUAAAAGCUGGAGCAAGAAAAGCCUCCCCCUGUUCACCAAUGAACGUCUGGAACUCAAAACUGAACUGGACAAAGACCACCACAGAUUGACAUGUUUAUCGACCUGCCUGGACCUGGUGAAGCGGUGCUGCCUGCUCUACAAAGACCUCACAUCCUUUACUCACAUCUUUCAGCCAAUCACGACUCUGCUUUCCAAACACUUCCCCGCUCAGACGUUACCGGAGCUUUUACAGGCCCUUCACAGUGGGAUCCUGGAGGCUGUAAACAGUGUCGCUGUGACUCACUGUCCCUUGGUUUUUGAAAAGAAAAAGCCAAUUCCUCUGAAGCUGCUCACACCAAAGAUUGUCGAAGUAUUGGACUAUGGGAAGAAACGCGGCAGCAACAAAGAGGAGAGAGAGAAGGAGCGACUGACACACAAGUACAAGAAGGAGUUCAAGGGCGCUCUGAGGGAGAUCAGGAAGGAUUCACGCUUCCUGGCCAGAGAGAAGCUCAACGACAUCAUGAAGAAAGAUGCCGAGAGAAAGAGGAAAGUAAGGGAGCUGUUUGGCAGUCUGGCCACUCAGGAGGGAGAGUGGAAGGCUCUGAAGAGGAAGAAGAGGAAGUGA